AUGUUUUUAAAGGAGCUCAAAAUAUUCCUAAUUCGCAAGCCGUACAUUACUUGCGGCGAAUAUCGAAACCAGCUGAGUGACAGUUUCAUCUUAUUCUGCAUUCCUCAAAAAUCAUACACAAUGCCUCCAGCUAAAUCAGAUUUUGAUUUAACUGAUAAGGUCUGGGUUGAUUCAUAUGUGAAAAAAUGUGAUUUCCUCAUGAAAGAAUUCACAAGUUACGUUUAUGCUUUACAAGAUAGAUAUGAAAAAUUGGACAGAGACUGCAAGCGCCUACAAAUGGAAUUAAAAAACAAAUCGAAGGAGAAAAACGAACCACAAGAGAUCUGUGACACCCGCAAAGAGUCGAUCAGGGAUUCGGAAUUAAAAACUUCUAUAGGGUCUGAGGCAGAUCGCACAUGUUUUAGUGAUUGUUCACCAGCAUUUUUGAAUAUGGCAAUGGAUAGCGAGCAAUUACAAAUGGACGCAACUUGCGUUUUGAGCCCAGCACAACAUCGUCAAGAAUUAGUCUCGGCAACAGAGCAACUAAGUAGUCCGAGUCGUUUAUCUUUAGCAGACAAUAUUUUUCAGCAUAACACCUCACCGACUUGCAAGCAAAAAGCCCGUAACGAAAAUAUAAGUGCUCUGGGGUUUUUAAAAGCUCGUGGACGUAUAGGCAAAGUUUUAGAUAGUCAUAAACUGCGGGAGCGUAACUGCGCAGCUGGGGAAGAGGAUCAUGAGAGCGGCAUGCGGAAGAAUAGAGGGAAGUUGCAUGCACGAAGUUCGGAUUGGUUAGGAAAGUACACUAAAAACGAAGACAGGGGAGCUGCCUUAAAACGAGCCACUACAGGGAUAGACGAUAUACAGCGCAAACGUUGUCUUUUAACCCUGAACAAAGGGAGCGAACGAAAAUUGAAACAAGCACGGCUAACGCAAAUUGUGGAUAUGAAAUCAAAAAAAGUUCAAAACGUGAAAGAAAGCCUUUCCACUACACCUGAAUAUACGGUAAAUGCGCAGAUGUUGCCACUUUCACCUACAACACCCGUUGUUUUGAAUGUCAAAAAAAAGUUAGAUUUUCCAUCGUUUACAAGCGAUACCGGUGAUAUAUUCCACUUCAGCAGUGACGAUGAUGACGAACCGUGUACUAAGUCAGUAAACGCUAAUACCGUUGUAAAACAAAAUGAGCGCAAAUGCGUUGAUGGAAAGUUCUUGCAACCACUGCGGGCUGCAACAGAAAGUUCAGAAAGUGUUUUGGCUAUAACACCAACACCACCACCAAUCAUUUGUUUAUACGAAUCAGAUGAUAACGCACAGGGGUCAGAAAAUAAUAUUCGCUGCGAAAAUAAUACAACGAAUUUAACAACUAACAAUGUAAAAAGAGCAAAUAUAAAAGUCAAACAGGAAAAGUUGACUUCGGAAAAGUUACCAACUGAAUUGGCUGCAGCCAUGUUAGCUGAAUGGACAGAAGAACUAGAAAACAAUGAGCGGGAUGUAAAGUUGGAAACGGCGUCAAUGAAAAGAGCACGUAAAACACUAACAUCAGACUUAAAGCCACGUCAGGCACAACUACUUGUGGAGAAAAUUUCAAUCAAAGAAUGCUUUAAUAUAGAUUGUGAUGAGUGCCAAAAAUAUAUCAACUUUAUGGGCAGCAAUAUGAGCUUGGCCGAAAUCGAGUCACAUCUGCGUCGGUGUACGCGCCAUCGCACUUCGAAUGACUGCAUACCGGUGACGCCACCAGAUUAUUGGAAUCCACUAAUGCCAUCGUUUUCGGAAAAUGAUCCACGCAACAAAACACUACUAGUGGAUCCUUGUCUACAGCAAAAACGUAGUGUCAAUAAUAAAUUUUGAAAUAAAAUAAUUCCAUUCGGUGAUUU